AUGGCCGCCCUCCUUCCAGCGUUCCACGGAUUCCACCUGCAGCAACCCCUGUCAAGGCAAUCGGGUGCUUGCCGGGAAACUGCCCACCAGGCCGGGAACAUGUUCAGUCAUCAGGGGAUAGACGAGAGAGCGAGCCAAUGGAGGAGCACCGCCGUCAUGUUGGCACGGCGAGGUGCUGCGAGAAAGCAAGGUACCAAGUAA